GCGGCUGCGCGCGGCCGGAGACGGGCGCCGCGCGGGAGUGUGCGAGGGGAGCGGGCUUGUGGGACCGAGGCGGCCGCGGCGAGCAUGGGGGCGGGCUGGCGGCGGCCGUAGUUGUCUGAGCCCGGGCUUCAAGCCUCCCGGAGCCCCAGAGGGCGGGGCGGUCCGGGCCCGGCGGUGGCCGCGCCGCUUCCCCGCUCCCGCCCUCGGAGUCCUGAGGGAGCCCGCGGCGGACGAGCGGACCGGGCGGCGCGAAUCUGACUGAGGGGCGGGGACGCCGUCUGCUCCUCGCCGCUCCCGGCCGGGCCGGGCGGCCCCUCGGACGGCCCCAGGCCCGGGACCGGCGCGGAGACCCGGAGCCGGGGCUAGAGGCGGGCGGUGGGCCCUGGCGGAGCCCCGCCCGGGGCCGGCGGUUCGGGGGCGGCGCUAGGCCCCGAGGCGCCCGGGCCGGAGCGCGGGGGAGCGGGGAGUGCGGGGCCGGGCGGCGGCGGCAUGAGCCGGCCCCCGGCGACGGGGAAAAUGCCCGGCGCCCCCGAGGCCGUGUCGGGGGACGGGGCGGGCGCGAGCCGCCAGAGGAAGCUGGAGGCGCUGAUCCGAGACCCUCGCUCGCCCAUCAACGUGGAGAGCUUGCUGGAUGGCUUAAAUUCCUUGGUCCUUGAUUUGGAUUUUCCUGCUUUGAGGAAAAACAAGAAUAUAGAUAAUUUCUUAAAUAGAUAUGAGAAAAUUGUGAAAAAAAUCAGAGGUCUACAGAUGAAGGCAGAAGACUAUGAUGUUGUAAAAGUGAUUGGGAGAGGUGCUUUUGGUGAAGUGCAGCUGGUUCGUCAUAAGGCAUCACAGAAGGUUUAUGCUAUGAAGCUUCUUAGUAAGUUUGAAAUGAUAAAAAGAUCAGAUUCUGCUUUUUUCUGGGAAGAGAGAGAUAUUAUGGCCUUUGCCAACAGUCCCUGGGUAGUUCAGCUCUUUUGUGCUUUUCAAGAUGAUAAGUAUCUGUACAUGGUAAUGGAGUACAUGCCUGGUGGAGAUCUUGUAAACCUUAUGAGUAACUAUGAUGUCCCUGAAAAGUGGGCCAAAUUUUAUACUGCUGAAGUUGUUCUUGCUCUGGAUGCCAUACACUCCAUGGGUCUCAUUCACAGAGAUGUAAAGCCUGACAACAUGCUCUUGGAUAAACAUGGACAUCUAAAGUUAGCAGAUUUUGGCACAUGUAUGAAGAUGGAUGAAACAGGCAUGGUGCAUUGUGAUACAGCAGUUGGAACACCUGAUUAUAUUUCACCUGAGGUUCUCAAAUCACAAGGGGGUGAUGGUUACUAUGGGCGAGAAUGUGAUUGGUGGUCUGUGGGUGUUUUCCUUUUUGAGAUGCUGGUGGGGGAUACUCCAUUUUAUGCAGAUUCACUUGUAGGAACAUAUAGCAAAAUUAUGGAUCAUAAAAACUCACUGUGUUUCCCAGAAGAUGCAGAAAUUUCUAAACAUGCGAAGAAUCUCAUCUGUGCCUUCUUAACAGAUAGGGAGGUACGACUUGGGAGAAAUGGGGUAGAAGAAAUCAAACAACAUCCUUUCUUUAAGAAUGAUCAGUGGAAUUGGGAUAACAUAAGAGAGACGGCAGCUCCUGUAGUACCUGAACUCAGCAGUGACAUAGACAGCAGCAACUUUGAUGACAUCGAAGAUGAUAAAGGAGAUGUAGAAACCUUCCCAAUUCCUAAAGCUUUUGUGGGAAAUCAGCUGCCUUUUAUAGGAUUUACCUACUAUAGAGAAAAUUUGUUAUUAAGUGACUCUCCAUCUUGCAGAGAAAAUGAUUCAAUACAGUCAAGGAAAAAUGAAGAAAGCCAAGAGAUUCAGAAAAAACUAUACACGUUAGAAGAACACCUUAGCACUGAGAUACAAGCCAAAGAAGAAUUAGAGCAGAAGUGCAAAUCUGUUAACACUCGCCUUGAGAAGGUAGCAAAGGAGCUAGAAGAGGAGAUUACCUUAAGGAAAAAUGUGGAAUCAGCAUUAAGACAAUUAGAAAGAGAAAAGGCACUUCUUCAGCACAAAAAUGCAGAAUAUCAGCGGAAAGCUGAUCACGAAGCAGACAAGAAACGAAAUUUGGAAAACGAUGUUAACAGUUUAAAGGAUCAACUUGAAGAUUUGAAAAAAAGGAAUCAGAACUCUCAAAUAUCCACUGAGAAAGUAAAUCAACUCCAGAGACAACUGGAUGAAACCAAUGCUUUGCUGAGAACAGAAUCUGAUACUGCAGCCCGAUUAAGAAAAACCCAGGCAGAAAGUACAAAACAGAUUCAGCAGCUGGAAUCUAACAAUAGAGAUCUUCAAGAUAAAAAUUGUCUGCUGGAGACUGCCAAGUUAAAACUUGAAAAGGAAUUUAUCAAUCUUCAGUCAGUUCUAGAAUCUGAAAGGAGGGACCGAACCCACGGAUCAGAGAUAAUUAAUGACUUACAAGGUAGAAUAUCUGGCCUAGAAGAAGACUUAAAGAAUGGCAAAAUCUUAUUAGCAAAAGUAGAGAUGGAGAAGAGACAACUACAGGAGAGAUUUACUGAUUUGGAAAAGGAAAAGAACAACAUGGAAAUAGAUAUGACAUACCAACUAAAAGUUAUACAGCAGAGCUUAGAGCAAGAAGAAGCUGAGCAUAAGGCUACAAAAGCACGGCUGGCAGAUAAAAAUAAAAUUUAUGAAUCCAUUGAAGAAGCAAAAUCAGAAGCCAUGAAAGAAAUGGAGAAAAACCUCUCAGAGGAAAGGACGUUAAAGCAGAAGGUGGAAAACCUGUUGCUGGAAGCUGAGAAGAGAUGCUCUAUAUUAGACUGUGACCUCAAACAGUCACAGCAGAAAAUAAAUGAACUCCUUAAGCAGAAAGAUGUGCUAAAUGAAGAUAUCAGAAACUUGACAUUAAAAAUAGAGCAAGAAACUCAAAAGCGCUGCCUUACACAAAAUGACUUGAAGAUGCAAACACAGCAAGUUAACACACUAAAAAUGUCAGAAAAGCAGUUAAAACAGGAGAAUAAUCAUCUCAUGGAAAUGAAAAUGAGCUUGGAAAAGCAGAAUGCUGAACUUCGAAAAGAACGUCAAGAUGCAGACGGGCAAAUGAAGGAACUCCAAGAUCAGCUUGAAGCAGAGCAGUACUUCUCAACCCUCUAUAAAACACAGGUGAGAGAACUUAAAGAAGAAUGUGAAGAAAAGACUAAACUUUGUAAAGAAUUACAGCAGAAGAAACAGGAAUUCGAGGACGAAAGGGACUCCUUGGCUGCUCAACUGGAGAUCACCUUGACCAAAGCAGAUUCUGAGCAGCUGGCUCGUUCAAUUGCUGAAGAGCAAUAUUCUGAUUUGGAAAAAGAGAAAAUCAUGAAAGAGCUUGAGAUCAAAGAGAUGAUGGCUAGACACAAACAGGAACUCACUGAAAAAGAUGCUACAAUUGCAUCUCUUGAAGAAACUAACAGGACACUAACUAGUGAUGUUGCCAAUCUUGCAAAUGAGAAAGAAGAAUUAAAUAACAAAUUAAAAGAUGCUCAAGAACAGCUGUCACGGUUGAAAGAUGAGGAGAUAAGUGCAGCCGCUAUUAAAGCACAAUUUGAGAAGCAACUAUUAACAGAGAGAACACUGAAAACUCAAGCUGUGAACAAGUUGGCCGAGAUCAUGAAUCGAAAAGAACCUGUCAAGCGUGGUAGUGACACUGAUGUGCGGAGAAAAGAGAAAGAGAAUAGAAAGCUACAUAUGGAGCUUAAAUCUGAACGUGAAAAACUGACCCAGCAGAUGAUCAAGUAUCAGAAAGAACUGAAUGAAAUGCAGGCUCAAAUAGCUGAAGAGAGCCAGAUUCGAAUUGAACUGCAGAUGGCCCUGGACAGUAAAGACAGUGACAUUGAGCAGCUGCGGUCACAGCUCCAGGCCUUGCAUAUUGGUCUGGAUAGUUCCAGUAUAGGCAGUGGACCAGGGGAUGCUGAGGCAGAUGAUGGCUUUCCAGAAUCAAGACUAGAAGGAUGGCUUUCAUUGCCUGUGCGAAACAACACUAAGAAAUUUGGAUGGGUUAAAAAGUAUGUGAUUGUAAGCAGUAAGAAGAUUCUUUUCUAUGACAGUGAACAAGAUAAAGAACAAUCUAAUCCUUACAUGGUUUUAGAUAUAGACAAAUUAUUUCAUGUCCGACCAGUUACACAAACAGAUGUAUAUAGAGCAGAUGCUAAAGAAAUUCCAAGGAUAUUUCAGAUUCUGUAUGCCAAUGAAGGAGAAAGUAAGAAGGAACAAGAAUUUCCCGUGGAGCCCGUGGGAGAAAAGUCAAAUUAUAUUUGCCAUAAGGGACAUGAGUUCAUUCCUACCCUCUAUCAUUUCCCAACCAACUGUGAGGCUUGUAUGAAGCCUUUAUGGCAUAUGUUCAAACCCCCCCCUGCGUUAGAGUGCCGCCGCUGCCACAUUAAAUGUCAUAAAGAUCACAUGGACAGAAAGGAGGAGAUUAUAGCACCUUGCAAAGUUUAUUACGAUAUUUCGACGGCCAAGAACCUAUUGUUAUUGGCAAAUUCUACAGAAGAGCAGCAAAAGUGGGUUAGUCGGUUGGUGAAAAAGAUACCUAAAAAGCCUCCAGCUCCAGACCCUUUUGCACGGUCAUCUCCUAGAACUUCAAUGAAGAUACAACAAAACCAGUCUAUUAGACGGCCAAGUCGACAGCUUGCCCCAAACAAACCAAGCUAGCUGCCUUCUGUGAAUGCAGUUGUUAUUCAAGGUGGUCAUAUUCUUCCAGUUAAAACAAGACUGAAAUAUGAUGGCCCAAAAUUUCUUAAAAAGCUAUAUUUUCCUGAGAGACUGAUACACACACACACACACACACACACACACACACACACACACACAUUUCCCUUUAUUCCUCCAAUAUAAAUUAUAAAUCUUGGAGAUUUUCUGCUCUCCUUUGGAGCAACAUGUUGAACCAACAGUGAUUGGUUAAUAGAGUAAGAAUAUCAUGCAACUCUUCCAAAGUUGUUCCAUGAAGCUCUCUUGGCAGUCACUCACACUACAUUGCACAAAAGGCUUGAGAAGAGUUAAAGAAAUCAUCUUUUCAGCUUCAACAGAGAUUUCACCAGCACAUUCACCAGAAGAGUCUGGGAAUGGGUUCCACUACAGUGAUGGAGACUGCAUCUUUAAGAAGUGACCAUUAUACUGUGUGUGGGGAAGGGGGGGGGUGUGGGAGGGGUGUGUAUGUAUAUAUACAUAUAUGUACAUAUAUAUACAUACACACCCCCCACACACACACCCCCACACACACAUAUACAUAGUACUGUAUUACUGCAAGAGGGUUCUUCAAAUGUCCCAUUUAUUUUUUUACAUACAGUAAUCAGAUAUCAUAACAAACUGCAGUUGCAACUAUGCACUUGUAUAAAGCCAUAACGUUGAAGUUUGUAUCCCUCAUUUGUGUAUACCCCAUGGAAGCUGCAUGAUCAUGUUUAAGCAGUUACUGUAACAAGAAGUUUGAAGUUAAUUCUAUCAGUUUCCUAAUGCUUCAUGAUAGGCAACUUUACCCAUUUUGAAUGCCUUAAUUUAAUUUUUUUUAAUGUCUCACCUUUUUCUGUAUUUUGAACAAAAAGUGUUUACCAGCUCUUAGGAUGCAAAUUCGCUUUGCAAAAGAAAAAUAGUGCACUAUUUUUACAUGUAAUAGUUAUCAGUGUCAGACUAUCUUGAUUGUAUAACGGAAUUUUUUUUUAAGUACCCAUGAUAGAAACAAUAAUGGAUAAUAUUGGAACUAAUAUAUCUUUUAUGUUUAUUAUUCAUCCCGCUCUGCUUACAGACCUCAGUAUUAGUGUAUGAGUAGGAAAUGUUUGCUUCGCUUUGAAUUUGCUGGCUACCCUAGAUGUGUUUUUAUUUCUGGCAGAGACAUUUGUGACUGUUUCUACAUUUUCACACUCGAGAUUCUAAGAUUAUCUCCAAUAUAAAGAAAACUAAGACAUACUGUAGAUAUAUUUUAAAUAUUUAAAUGUGAUCCCUCAAACACACAACUGAGUAUGGCAAUAUUUCAGUAUUGGGUUAAGAAAACUGGUGACUAGGAAGAAGUGGCCUCAGAGGCUCUUAACUUGAUUUUUAUUUUUUAAAUGAUGUUAAAGUUGUAGGUUAUGCAGGACCACUUCUGCCAUAUUUCUCAUUAUCCCAGAAGAAUGUGUUUUUUACUGCUACAGUAUGCAUCAGUGCUAAGUUAUCAAGUUUGAAAAAAGUAUGUAGUCUUUUAUUAGUCUCUUUAUAUACAUACGGAGUUGGUGUGAUACUGAAAUACAUCAUCUAAUAUUUCAAUGAAGGAAAUAGACCUUUUUCAUUGACUCCCCUUGGGGUCAGUGUAGAAAUGGUUAAAGAGUUAGGCCCCCAGAAUAUAGACACUGUUGUGGAAAUUGAACCGCGGCCUCUGGCCUGAUGGACUAAACCUGAAUCUUGUCAUUCUCACAUUGUCCCGCCUACGCUCUCUCGCGCUGUCUGUGCUGAGUCCGGACACGCAUGCCAUUUCCCUCCCCGGGAUGUUCUGCGGUUCUGGCUUGGGGACACAGCUUUUGUUUUUUUGGGGUUUUGUUUUUGUUUUUGUUUUUGUUUUUUUGUUUUUGAGAUUUAAAAAUGAGAACUAUAUAAAAUUUAUAUAGAAUAAAUAUUUCCAUUCAUUAGACUUGUUAAAAGGAGACUGAAUUAAUAUUUUAUAUAAAGAUUUUGUUACACUAUGGGAGGUUCUAUCAUAUUAUUCUGAAUUGGAGAGUAUAUAUAUAUAUAUAUUUUUAAUAAACUUUAUUAAGGUGAAAUAAUUUGAAGUUUACACAUGAGUAAUUGAAAUAUUUGAGUAAAAAUGGCAAAAGUUUAAAUUUUGAAUGCUGUAUAUAUUAGAGAAUAUGGAGAAUCAUGGUGUGCUGCAACUAUACAAGGAAAAUUAAUGUGAAGUUUUUUGGGGAAAAGAAAGUAUUCUGAGGGGUGGGAAAAAAUCUCUCCCAUGGAGAUUCUUCACAUUAUAUGGUUUAACAUAAGGGUUUCAGGUCGUUUCUCCAGCUGAUAUGCGCUUAGUAAAAAUUCUGACCUCGGGUAAGCGUUUGCUCAUUUCACGUCCGUGCGUGAAUGCGUACCCCUAUAUCCAAAUGUCCUCUUCCCAGCACUCAUCGAAUACAAUAUUGACUCGGUUUAACAACCUGAUUUUGUGCCAGCUUCUCUUUUUCUUGAGGCUCCAAAGCUUCCCCGAUAAAUGCAAGACCGGAAGUUGCUUAUUUCUUCACACCUGAUUUCUCCUAGAGCCAUAAAUACCUCCUGUUGAGAACUGAGAAGUAGUGAAUACUGGGAUUUUCUUAGUUGGGUUUUGUACUUUUCUUUAGUGGGGAGAAGGAAAACUGGUGCCGGCGUCACUGUUCAAAAUUAACGCGUGGUGAGUUUUGGAAAGUAUUAAAACGUGCUAUCUGGGAGCAAGGUUUUUUAAAAAUCUGGAAUUUGUAAAUGCCUUUAGCUAUCUAAAGGAUACCGAGAAAUCGAAAAUGAGGUGAGUGUUUUAAAAUUGACCUGUGCUGGAGUCACAAAUCUGGCUCCGAACGAUGUCUUUUGUGUCGGUUCAUCUGUAGACCUUCAAAAAGAAAUACUCUAGGUUUGCCAAACCACAGUUGAAGAAAUUUUGCUGCUGUUGUUAAUCUGUUCCCACAGGAUUCUGGUGGUAAAAUAGAGAAACUUAGGCGCUGUAUUACUUUAUUGAAACAUGCUUUAAAUAACAUGUUUAGUAUUCUGUGAGAGGAAGUCACUUCUGAGUUUCUCGGUCUGUGUCGACACUGCUACUGAAUCACGUCUCCUCCCCUGGAAGAAGGCUCCAGUUUCCCUCUGGCGUGAAGACACCAUAGUUGAUUCACAAAGCACUUUGAAAAUAGGCGCUGUGUGACAGUGCUGAAUAUUAUGCUUGGGGGGCCUGUCCCUGAUUCCCUUCCCCAUAGUAAUGAGUUUUGUUUGGAAUUGUAUUAAGUUAUGAAUUGCAUGGUUUAGAUAAUCGUAAAUAUUUGAUCAGCUGUCCCCUCUGAACAAAAGUCGUACCCCCCGAUCUUUUUAAAAAAAUUUUUGUUGCAUCUUUGUAGUAAUGUAAUUGUAUUUUAUGCCUGCUUUUUAUAUUAAAAAAAUUAAAUAAAAGAAAUUAAGACCUGA